CUCUCUUUCAUCUCACACACAAAAAGCACUACACAUAACAAAGAGAGUUUAAAAGGAAAACAUAAAGUAUCAAACUGAAGCCAAAAUAGAAGACAAAAGUAAGAAGCAAUGUCAAAGGUUUCUCUUAUUAGAUUGUCAUUGUUAGGGUUUCUAGUGAUCGCCCUCGUCACUCCAUCGGCGAACGCUACAAGAAAGUCCGUCGUUCUUGGAGGGGAGGCAGACAUUCCGAAUGUUCAGACCAACAUAGAGAUUCAAGAACUUGGAAGGUACUGCGUGGAGCAAUUUAAUCUAAUGGAAGAGAGCGAGCAAGGAAACGCAGAAUCCAUUGCGGAUACCGCCGUGUUGAAUCCGUUGAAUUUUAGUAGAGUUGUGUCGGCUCAGAAACAGGUCGUGGCUGGUCUAAAAUACGAUCUAAGGAUUGAAGUGAUUCAACCCGAUGGCACGAGCAGGAUGUUUGACUCAGUUGUGAUUAUUCAACCAUGGCUCCAUUCCAAGAAGUUGCUCGGUUUCACUCCCGUUGCUACUCCUGUCUACUAACUUUAUUUCUUUCUUGGCCAAACAAGUUUCUAUAUUAUAAUUAAAAAAAAAACAAAAGUGUGUAAUGAUAUGAUCGCUAUUAACAAUGGGUUAAUAGUUGAUUUGUAAUGAUGUUUUACGUUGUUCAUAAUAAACACAAAUGAUGUUAUGAAGA